CUUCGCUGUAAGAAUUUUCCAGAGACUGUAACUAUUGGAGAGAUGUUGAAGUUCUUUAGUGGUUAUGAUCCAAUUCCAGAAUCUAUUCGUCUACACUAUUCAUCAGAUGGUAAACCAACUGGUAAUGCUGUCAUUGGUUUCCCAACAAAAGAUAUUUCUGAAAGUGCCCUGAAGGCUUUAAAUAAUCAGAUGUGCAGAAAUAAUAAAGUUGAAAUUUUCUUA